AUGUCCCCAAACGAUUCUCUGCAAGAAUUUCUGGAUUGGUCAAGGAAUAAUGGCGUUAUUUUUAGUGGACUCGAAAUACGCUCGUGCGAGACAUCGGGCAAGGGUAUAUUCGCAACCAGAUCAUACCGUACAGAUGAAAAGUUCAUUCAAUUACCAGAAGUGUUAAUGAUUACUGCCGGUAGAGUAGCUAAUAUGGAAAAAUAUGCCAAGUUUCUCCGUGACACGAAGUUCUUCCCAACCCCAUUCGAGAUGCUCACAAUAUUUUUUUGCCUAGAGGAUUUUGACUCCUGGUAUGCUCCGUAUCUGAAAGUAUUACCAAAGCCCUAUUAUGGUGCCACCAGCAAAGGCCGACAAGAGAAUCAAAAGCGGAGUUUUACGACACCGGCCUAUUUGGGUGAAACUGUCAAUGCUGCCGAUCUUCCGUUAUCCGUUCGCGACUACUGGUGCACUCAACAAAAAGAGCUACAAGAAAUGUGGAAAAGAAUCCAUGAAGUUGUGCCUCAAGUCACAUACAAAACGUUUUUGUGGGCAUGGCAUGUUGUAAACACCCGUUGCAUCUACGUAGAAAACAAGCCACAUCCUAGCAUCGACAAUUCUUCUGGAGACACACUGGCAGUGAUACCGUUUGUGGACAUGCUCAACCACGAUCCUCAGGCUCAGGGAAUCGGCAUGUAUGAUCGAUAUUCGAACAUGUACAUCGUACGUGCGGCACACUGCGUGCUUGAAGAUCAAGAGGUUACAGUGUGUUAUGGACCUCAUGACAAUGCUCGACUAUGGAUGGAGUAUGGGUUCACAUUGCCAAAUAAUCCAAAUGGAAAAGUUGCACUGGAACAUGCACUCUUCGUCGCUCUAGCAAAAAAGGUAGGAAUCCAUGUGUCGCCACUACACGAGAAAGCUCUGCAGGAUGCAGGAUUACCAUGCACGUUGUACCUCUCAGAUGAUGGCCCAAGCUGGGCUUUACGGGUGAAUAUGAAGAUUCUCAUGUUAUCGUCUUCAAAUAUAAAGCGAUGGCGAGAGCUAAUUUAUGCAGAAAAACCGCAUAUGACUUCACUGUAUUCAAGUAAUGAUGACGAAUCCGAGGUCGACGAGAACGAAUCGGCUGAGCGUGAGACAUUACAGCGAAUCAUCAGUGAACUCAAACAAGCUAUCACACAAAAAUCCAACUCAGUACCGCAAAACACCAAAUGGAUUUGGAAGGAACAAUUAAUGAUUGUUGAUGCUGUAUUGUCGUCGUUCAACCGAUAA